UGCGCUGUGAGGAACAGGUGAACCGGGCAGGCCGAAGACAAUGGCUGAGGAGCGGUUCGGGCUCGGUCUUCGCCUCAUCUUGUGCCUUUUCCUGCGCUGCCGGCCUCAAACAACGAGAUCAGACCAUGGGGCGUCCGACUAAACCACCCAACCCUCCCGAUCUGCGCCUCAGCCGUUCCCCCGGAAAGUUUUUCGAGCUACCCCAGGCGGGCGAAAUUUGACCCGGGCCUGAGGUCGGUGGGCUCGCUCCUUGCAGGCGAAGUUUGACAGCUCCAGGAGACACUUGUAAGUUUGCAGGAGGCUCGUUCAACUCGCAUGGCCGGCCACGGCGAUGGAAUGCCGACCUGUGUAGCAGCACACGAUCUUCCAGCGCCAAGACAACCGAGGCAGUAGGUUCUACUAGUUUAGAAGUCGCCUACAAAUGUGACUGGCGCACCGCUAUAGCUCGCAACUUACAUCACGUAUGAUUUAAAUCUUCGCACCUGUGAUAACUGAAGCAAUGUAAACUCCGGCAGCUUGCUGUCAGCAAGCGAAACUACUGUCAGGAUCGGUUCACUAAGUGAUUAGAGGACAAGAAAAAUUACCCUUAAGAAAAAGGAGAGUGAGCUUGUUGUGCCUUAGGUUAUAUAACUUAUAAUGUAUGGCCAACGCCCCCACGUACCUGUGGAGUCUGUAGGGGAGAAUGGAACAGGUGGGUACGCGAACGGUGCGUCCGGAUGGUGGGGGAGGGAGGGGGGCGGGUACAUGAACGUGGUGGCCCACCAUCCACAGCACGCUUACCACCACGAGCAGGGCUUCGACCCGCAGACUUGUAUCAACCUGAAGGGGUUCGAGUUCUCGGACCUGGAUCACGCGUUGUUGGGGGAGGACCCGGCGAUGCGAUCUCAUGCGGCAAGACUGCAUCAGUUAGGCGCGCAGUCGCAACACGGGCAUGCACACGCCGCGCAAGGGUUUCACCAGGAUGUGUCUUACCACGCGCAAACAGGUGGUAUUGCGCACGGCGACCCCACGGGCAAGUUCCCGGGAUACCAACGCAGUGAGUACCACGCACAGCAGAUUCAAGGAGGAGAGAGACAUCAGCUGUACAGCAAUGGGGCAAACUAUCCCCAUUUUGCCGGGAUGCACCAAAACGUAGCUCUGAAACACCAUCCCAGAAACACGGUGUACCAGGGAAUGGUGGACAUGCCUCAGUCGGUACCGGGUCAGUUUGUACGAACUCAAGAGAACGAGGCUUCCGCUAGAACUCAGCCAACAGAUCACUGGCAGCAGCAUCGGAACUUUCCCAACCAAGGCAUGCCCUCCCAUCCUGUACAUGCCCAGGUUCAGAACAGUGCAGCCGAUGAAGGGGCGCGGUGGCCCUGUGAGCAGCCCGCACAGGUCAUGCAGACUGUGCCGCACACACAACAAGGCCCAGCUGAACCUGCCAACCCACUACUGGACAGACAAGCGUGGGAGCUGCAACAGAGGACUGGAUCUGUCAUUGAGAGAGAACAGUGCACUGCCUGGUCACCAAACUUCCCCGCCAGUGUGGAACAGCAGCACAGUGUCUUGCCAAACCACCUGCAGGGGGAGGAAAACGUCUUCAGUUCCCAAGACAGUCUCCAGGUCGGGUACGACCCCUCCCUGCCCAAGGUGGAGAGGGAAGUGGAGAUCCCGAGACUCCAGAUGGCAAGCCCGCCGGUGCCUUACCAAAUAGACAUGAGCAGACUGGAGGCCAAGGAUCAGAACUUCCAGAGACAGAUUCAGAUCGUACAGAACACACCGGUGGUGGAAGGCAGGGGCUACGCCUACCAGCAAGAACAGCCUGUGCCAGAGUCUCCGUCUUUCCCAACACGGCACGGUGAUCAGUUCUAUCCUGGUUAUAACACCCAAAGUGGCCUUUCUAUACCUGCUGCCUCUGUGAACAAUGUUGAGGGGCCUAAAGACGGUUUACCCCAAGAUCUUGUAGGUCCACCCUCACAACAACAGAGGCUGAGCCAUCCAGCCAUGCCUAUGGUUGUAGAGCAUGACAACAGUGUAGACUCAAAGGCAGCGCCUAACUUCAUGUGGCCCUCUGACGGCAUGUCUAAGAGCGAGCAAGUCUUAAGCAAUAGUUCCCAAGUUCCGACGUCGAUUGUAAACAACUACAGAGAAGCCGUGCCAUCAGAUUUGCCCACAGAGGCAACAAGACCGAGAACACAGAACGUCCUGGCUGCCCUGUCCACGGCCUGCCACAACCUGAUCACAGACCUGCAGAGGUCCACGUAUCACCUGUAUGAAACCGUAGGCAAGGAGGAUACAACUCAGGGUGUCUUAGAACACGGAGGGAUGGCAUGGGACAGUAACGAACAGGUUAGUCAGGAGAUGUGGAAAGCAGAGGUGGAUGAGGUGCCGGGCUUGCCUUCUGUGGGGUCUAAUGAUGAGGUACAUAAAGCAGCACCAGUGUUCAACCAGGCAGAAGACUCUAGUUGUAACGGGGCAGGACUCUCAGCGAGCAGGAAAAACGAAGCUGUGCCCUCGAGGAAGAGACGAGACUCGGAAGACAAUGCUCAGACGAAAGGAAAGAAACUGAAGAACAAAGGCGUGGAAAUGGUGGAACAGAAACAGGACAGAAAUGUUCUGACUGACACAUUAGACAAAGAGAACAGUGAUUUUAACUCUACAUUUCCCAUACAGGAUGGCAUGAAACAAACUACAGACACUGCCACAGGCCACUCCUUGAUCGAUACAACAGGUGGCUUGAACCCUGCUACAUUACAAAACACAGACACAUCCUUACAUCUCACCAUAGUGAAUGGGAACGUGUACCCUGCCUCUGGGCCAAACCUACAGCCAAACCCUGUAGGAGAGACUCCACAGGUCACAGAGGUUCCAGAAGAAACCACUGAGAGCAGCAAAGCAAAGGCCUGUGAGGGGAACCUGCCUUCUGAGGAAGAAGGUUUAAGAACACAGGUGGUCCCGCCUCUGUAUACUCAGCAGAGGUCUUCAGAGACCUGUCAGUCUGAAAGUGGAUUUGAGAGUAAGUGCGUAGCAGGCUACAGCCAGGAUGACCAGUCAAUCCCACAACUGGAGAAUCCUGUAUUUGUCAAGUCAGACCAGGAGGACAGAAGUGGAGCUGGGGACAGCAGGCAGGUGGCUGCAGGGGAAGACCGACACCCGCUCGAGAUUCUGCAGGCACAGAUUCGGCUCCAGCAGCAGCAGUUUAACUUGGCGCCGACAGAGACAGCACUGUCCAGGCCCAGUUCAGCACCUUGCACCACAGACAGCAAGGAGGCAUUGUUGGAGGACACCUGGUACCAGCCGAGCAGUCCCGGUCCUGACGAUACCAACAGGGCACCCUGGGAGAAGAACAGGGACAAGAUCAUCAAGAUAGAAGAGUUGGAGCCAGGUUCCGUGGACCGCCGUCUGCUGCACAAGCUGAACGAGCAGCGGCGCAGGGACAGUCUGAAGAGCGCCAUCUACUGUCUGAAGCAGGCAAUACCAGACUGCAGGGACUCAUCCGAUCAGAGCCAACAGAACGUCCUCAAUAAAGCCAACAACUUUAUUUUGGAGAUGCUGGACAAACAGAGACAGGCUGAUCAGUGUCGAGAGGAGGUCAGGAACCUGCGAGCCAGAAACCUGACCCUACAACAGAGCAUCUCCGCCUUACAGAGAGAGUACAGUCAUCUCAGGUAA